AUGGGGGGUGGUGGUUUGCUUCGGAAUCAUGCUGGAAACUGGGUCAUGGGUUUCAUGACCCAUUAUUUGGAGGGAAGUCCUUUCCUGGAAAAUGCUCUUGCCUUGUGUGAUGGGCUCCAGUUUGCUUGGGAUCGAGGUGUGCGUAGGCUUGUAUGUGAUUCUGACUGUCAAGAGCUCGUAACAAUAGUUGCAGACCCUGUUCGUGUUAGUUUUCAUAUUCAUGCUCUUGUGCUUCGAGAGAUUCGCAACAUGCUAGCAAGAAGCAAGCGAGUAGAGUUUUUUUGGUGUUGUCGGGAUGGGAAUGUAGUGGCUAAUUGGAUGGUAAAACAGGGCUUUCUUCUCCCCAUGAUUGGUAAUAGGAUGGUUGAGGUUCCCCCACUAGAGCUUGAAGUUCUUCUACUGAAGAACUCUCACUGGAUUGGCUAG